AUGUUGUCUAAUGAACAAUCGCAUCCUCAUUCAAAAAAACGACAUAAUCAAAGAAAAAAAGAUUCACAUACAUAUGAUCAUUAUGUACGUGAUCAUACAAAAUCAGCUGAAAAUUUUUCAAAUGCACGUACAAAUAUAUCGAAUGAUGUUGAAAGAAGUCAACCAUCUAAAAAUUUGACUAAACAAGAACUUCAACAACGUCAGCUCAUUCAACAAUAUAUUUUUUCUAAACUCGAAGCUUAUACUAAAAAACCUCGUCUUUGGCAAUUAAGACGAUCAUCACAUAUAAAGCAACAUCUUCGUCAUAAAUCAGGCCAUAUAGCAAAACUUUAUUCUUUACCUACAGAUGUUGUACAUGAGUCAAUGGAUCAAUUCUUUAUUCAUGUUGAUAAUUGUGUUUUAAAAUUACAUCGACUUAUACAAAAUAGAUCAAAUGGAUCAAUUGAAUCAAAUGUUCUAUUUCAAAAAAUGAAAAAAUCUAAUAAUCAAUGGCGUUUGUUACAAUUAGAACGUGCAAAACAAAUCUUUCCAAAUAUUAACAAUGAAGAAUUUACAGAAAAUGAACUUUUACAAAAAUAUUAUACUCAUAUUAUUGAAACAUUAACACCAAAACCGGAUACAGCAAGUUCAAAUUGUAUUGCACAAUUUCGUGAACAACCAUUUGAUUUAAAUCGUGCAUAUGAACAAGCAGAACGUAAAGGAAAAGAUUAUUUAGUACAUAGGUUACAAAAUUAUCGUGAACGUUCAACACCUGAUUUUGAAUUAAUUCAAGAAAUGAUUAAUCUUGGUUUUGAACAUAUGAAAACAGGACCAACAAAGGAAGAUUUUGAAAGUGCAACAAAUUUUCUAACGAAAAUUUCCCUACUUCAUAAAAUAAAACAAGCAUAUGAAAGUAGUUUACAUAAUGUGGCUGAUGAGUUUAUGAUAUCACGUUUUGGUAAAGUUUAUGGACUAAAUGCAUUAUCUACAACAACACGUUCAAAUACACAAUUUAUAUAUUUGAUUGAUUUAUUUCUUAAAUCUAUUUCGCAACUUACUAUGAUGAUAAAAACAACACCUGAUGAUAAUGAAGAAAUUUCAUCAGUAAUAAAUAGUGCUAUUGGAAAAUUUUUUUCAACUAAAGAAAAUUUAUCAAUUAUUAAAUUAAAUAAUGAUGAUCUUUUUUCACCAAAAUUAAAUAUUGAUCAAUGGACAUGGUUAUUAGAAAAAUGGCGCGAUGCUUUACGAACAUUUCCAAUGAUGCUUACACAAGUUGGUGCAUUUGGUCGUUUAUUACGUACAACAAUUGGUGUUGGUAUUGCACGUUUAUUUAAUUUUGCUGAAACAAUGGUUAGUAAUAAUCAAAUAUUAGAUUUACUACUUAUGAAUGAACAAUUAUUUCGUGCACUUCAAAUAGGUUUUUAUUUUGGUAUUGCAUAUGCUAUUGUUGAUUGUAUACAGGAUGAAAUUCAAAAUUCGAAUACAAUUUCUUCACAACAUUUAGCAUUUUUUAAAAUAGAAGAAUAUGAAAAUGAACGAUUAUUAACACCAGUUGAAAUAAUAGAUAAAUGGCUUUUAAUUAUGGAAGAUUUAUUAAGUGGAGGAGAAUUUAAUCGAAAAGAAAUACCCAAAACACCAUUGACACCAUUAUUAUUAGAAACAUUUGAUAGUCUUAUUUCAUUGACGAAAAGUAUUAAUGUAACAAACGUAGUUUUUAAUGACUUGGCUCUUUUAUUAAGAUCACAAAGAAUGGAUAAAAAAACAAUGGAAAAUUUUUAUGAUGAUGUAGAACUUUACUUAGGAGCUAUGCUCAAAUCUCAUUUUUCAUAUACAUGUACAAUUUAUAUGGCUAAUAUUCAAUCUACUUCUGAAGAAAAUGAACGUCUAUGGACAAUGCCAUUUAUAGCUCAAUUAACUGAUGAUUGUCGAGAUUUUUAUGAGGAUUUUCAAUCGAAUUCUGUUACUUCAUUUACACAUUAUGCAUCAUUUAUUGGUCGUCAACAAUCAUCAGAUAAACAUCUACUUAAUCCAUUUUAUGUAUUUUUAUAUUCUUGUUGUGAUAUGUAUUUAUCAUCUGGUCGUGAUAUUCAAACUGGUGCUUUUGUUGGUCGUCGUAUAGCACGUACAUUAAGAUCAAUUGAAAUAAAUUUAGGUGCAUCAGCAUUACGUGAAUUUCUUUAUUUAUUUUGCCAUGAUAACUUACCAUUACAUAAUUAUUUUUGGAUAAAUCUUCGUAGUCAUUUUCCUAAUGUAAGUGAUCCAGAAAAAUCUUUCAUUCGAAUAAUUAAUAAAGCAAGUAUACAAUAUGCACAAAUAAAUCGUAAAUUAGAAACAUAUGUUGGUGAUCAUUUAAAACAAAUUGAAGAUGCUUUACAUAUUCAUUCAUUUAAUAACAAUCAAAAACCAUCAUCAGAUAUUGAUAAAGAUGAACAAUUAUUAAUCUCAGCUAUGAAUUAUAGUGUAAAAGCUGGUGGUAAACGUUUACGACCAUUAUUAAUGAUGAUGGUUUCUGAUUUGUACAAUCUAGAAUUGAAAAAUAUGUUACCAUUAGCUUGUGGAAUUGAAUAUUUACAUACAUCAUCACUUAUAUUUGAUGAUCUUCCAGCUCAAGAUAACAGUGAUUUAAGACGUGGUCGGUCAACAUUACAUAAAACAGUAAUAGAUAAUGAUAUACCAGAAAAUUUAUGUGAAGGUCGAGCACAAUUAGCAGCCGUUGAUUUAAUUGCUGUUAGUAUGAGUUUAAUUAAUCAUGAUCUUGUUAAAAAUGGAUUUUCACCUGAACGUGUUAAUCAAGUUAUUAAUGAAAUAUCUUUAUCAAUGCAUGAUUUAUGUAUUGGACAAAUGAUGGAUUUACGUGCAGCUCAUAUGGGUAUGGAAAAAGAAAAUGAACUACUUGAUGAACUUGAUCAUAUUGCAUGGUUCAAAACAGGCAAAGCAAUUGAAGUUGUACUUAUUACACCAGCUAUUUUAGCUAUGUCAUCAUCAUCAUCAUCAUCAUCAGUAAAUAUUCAAUCAAUUGAUUUAAAUAAAAUUCGUGAAUUAGGUCGUUUAAUGGGAAUAUUGUUUCAAAUGCGUGAUGAUUUAUUAGAUGUUGAAGGAGAAAAUAUUGGUAAACCAGCAGCACUUGAUGUAAAAAACAAUACAGUUACUUAUGUAUCAAUAUUAGGUGUUGAAGGUACUCGACAACGUUUAAAAGAAUUUCGUCAACAAACAUUAAAAUUAGUUAAUGAAUGUUGGCCAUCAGGUGCUGGAACAAUUAGAGAUGUUGUUAAUUAUAUCGUUGAUAGAAAAAAUUAA